GCGCUGCAGCGGCAGAUCUUUGACUUCCUGGGCUACCAGUGGGCUCCCAUCCUGGCCAACUUCCUGCACAUCAUGGCCGUCAUCCUGGGCAUCUUCGGCACCGUGCAGUACCGCUCCCGGUACCUCAUCCUGUAUGCAGCCUGGCUGGUGCUCUGGGUCGGCUGGAAUGCGUUCAUCAUCUGCUUCUACCUGGAAGUUGGACAGCUGUCGCAGGACCGGGACUUCAUCAUGACCUUCAACACAUCCCUGCACCGCUCCUGGUGGAUGGAGAACGGGCCAGGCUGCCUGGUGACCCCUGUCCUGAACUCCCGCCUGGCCCUGGAGGACCACCACGUCAUCUCUGUCACUGGCUGCCUGCUUGACUAUCCCUACAUCGAAGCGCUCAGCAGCGCACUGCAGAUCUUCCUGGCGCUGUUUGGCUUCGUGUUCGCCUGCUACGUGAGCAAAGUGUUCCUGGAGGAGGAGGACAGCUUUGACUUCAUCGGUGGCUUUGACUCCUAUGGAUACCAGGCCCCGCAGAAGACGUCGCAUUUACAACUGCAGCCUCUGUACACGUCUGGGUAGCUUCCGCCCCGCGCCCACCAGGACGCCGCGCCCUUAGCUGCUGGACUGACCACGGCUGCCGCGAGCACCC